AGAAAAUUUUUCGCAUAUUUUUUGUUAAAAAUAUUAAGCAAAUUAAUUUGAAAUAUAAGAUUAAUUGUUAAAUAAAAGUGUAAACAAUUGUUUUAUUAUCUAAUGAUUCAAAAAAUCUUGUGAAAAAAUGUCUGAAUAUGAAAAUAAAAAUGAGGUGCCACAGGAAACCAGUGAGACGACGGUGUCACCCCUUGCCACAGCACAAACAACAAAUACAGAAAUGCCGGCUUUGGAAAGUGCAUUUCGUGCUUUAGAAGAAAUCGCAAAUGAAGAUUUUGAUCUUAUGUUGCCGGAAAUGGAGAAUUUAGGUGAAACAUCUACAAUGCUGGAGGAGAAGAUAAAAGAUAAUGUGCAAAUAUCGGAAAUGGUUGGGGAACAGCCUACCACAAGCAAUCUGAAGACAGUAGAGGAAAAUUUGGAGCUAUCAAAAGCUGAAGCAGAACAAUUCAUGACCGAAGCAUUUUAUGAAGGUGUUGAUUCUGCACUUGAACCAGCAGUUGAACCUGCUCUUGAACCCAAAGCAGUACAACAAAUUGAAGAACCUAAAAAUAUUGCCUUGGACGAAGUAGGUCCAAAGGAAGUUUCCAAUCUUCUAACAGAACAAAUAGAUUUAAAUGUAACAGAACAAACAAUUUCGAAAAGCAGUGAUUCGAAUGAACAAAAUAUGGCUAUAUCUCCAGUAAAAGAAGUACCAACAGUAGAACCACCUGUAAUACCAACACAACAUCUGGAAAGUUCAACUGAGAAAAAAGUGGAAGAUCUUAAAAAUAAAGAAGAAACAGUUUCUGCAAUUAAGGCACAAACUUCAGCCAUAGAAGAACCUGUUAAACAAACCGACGAUGUGGAAUCUUCAAAACUUUCCCAACAAACUGCCGAGAAAUCUGAGGUGGAAACUCAAGACGAUAUAAAAGAUACAAUAGCUAUAGAACAAGUUUCUCAUGAUGUUGCGUCUAUUGAAAGCGAGCUUCCUAUUAAAGAAAAUAUUGAAAAUGAAAUUCCGAAUACUGAACCCAUAGAACCUAUGGAUACUUGUGACAGUCAAGAAUCUAUAAAUUUAAUUAUUGAUGAAACAUCAAAUAAUGCAGAAACAAAAGAUGAACUUUUGGAUAAUAAUAAAAUUGACGAAGACACAAAUAUGGAAGUAGAUCUAAAGAAAACUACAACUGAAGACCAAGAUAAAACGGCUGAAGAAUCUCAGAAAAAUGUUAAUACAAAUACAGAAAUAACUAAUGAAAAAGUAACAAAGAAAGAGGCACAAUCUGGUGAAGAUAAAACGAAGAAUAAAGAUUGUCUUAAUAAGACUAAAAAUGAUGAUGAUGUUAUACCCAUAGAACAACCGCCAGUACCGGUAAUUGAAAUUGAUGAUGAAGAUGAUAUGGAAACUGAAAAUAAACAUACUGCAAUGGACGUAGAUAAAAACCCUAAAGAAUCUAAAGUUACUAAUGAAGAACCUAUUAACAGUAACAAUCAAAAUGAAGAUUUAUUACUAGAGAAAUCAUCGGAAAAACCUUUAAAUGAUAAUAUAAUAAACGAAGAGCCAACAUCUUCAUCUAAUGACAUAGAAGAAACCAAUGAUGAGGUUUUCUACAAUAAGGAAUGUAUAAAUUAUGAGUGUCCACAUAAACACAAACAGUUCUUUAAAGUACCACAGUUUGCUUUUAGUUACUAUAAGGUAACAAAAAAGAAAUUUAAAACUCAAUAUAUAUGUGCCGAUUGCUAUGACAAAGCUUUGGAAAUGUAUGAGGAAUUUUGUGGUCUAAUAAGUGCUAAACAACCUUUACUUUUGGAGAACAUACCUACAGGUAGACAAGAAUUUGUAGAAAUCAUUGAUAGCAGUGAUGACGAAGAUACAAGCAUCGAUAAGGCUAAAACAACUGAACCUUUAAAAACAGCUUUCUCGAAAAAUGAUCUAUCACUUAUCGAAUCAGAAUUACAUGCUACUAUUAAGUCUGUUUUGGAACGAGUUGAAAUACAAAAUCAAUUAACCUGGUCCAAAACUAUACUAACAGAACGUUUAAAACGUUUAGAAAUGGAAACCGAAUACGUAGACGGCGAGUUAAAAGCAUUACAAAGAAAGGCCGAUAAAAUGCAUGAAGGUUUAUAUUCCUGUCCCAAAAUCAAAAUACGUCAGCUACAGCCCUUAGAUUUAAAUAGUGGCAAAUUAAUGAGUUUUGAAACACCAACAGUGCAAAAAGAAGUACAGCCUAUUCCUCCGGUGGGUGAAAUUGAGAGGCCUCCCAUUCAACAAAACUUUAUUUAUUUUGCUGUUAAAAAUAAUCCCAUUGCUAGUUGGGUACCUUGUAGAGUUAUGGAACUAGUUGAUAGCGGUUCUUAUAAUGUUAAACAUUAUAAAAUUAAAUUCAUUAAAAAUCAAAAUCAAGUUCCUAAAACUGUACCAGCUAAAUAUUUAGCCUACUAUGAUCCUCCAGCUGUUAGAUUACCCAUAGGUACUCGUGUUAUUGCCUAUUUUGAUGCCACAUCCUUGGCCCGAGGUCGUGAGAAAAUUAAUGUUCAAAGUGCUUUUUAUCCAGGCAUUAUUGCAGAGCCUUUAAAACCUAACAAUAAAUUUAGAUAUUUAAUUUUCUACGACGAUGGUUAUACCCAAUAUGUUUAUCACAAAGAUGUACGUUUAGUUUGUCACGUCUCUGACUGCGUUUGGGAAGAUGUACAUCCUGCAUCUAGAGAUUUUAUACAAAAAUAUCUAACACAAUAUUCCAUUAAUCGACCAAUGGUACAAACACAAAAAGGACAAUCUAUGAAUACCGAAUCAAAUGGUUAUUGGUUACAUGCUCGUGUCGUCGAUAUUGAUUGCAGUUUAGUAUUAAUGCAAUUUGAAGGUAGUAAAAGUCAUACAGAAUGGAUAUAUCGUGGUUCAUUGCGUUUGGGACCAGUUUUUAAGGAAUAUCAAAAAUCUCUACAAAAGAAUUCCAAUAUGCCGGUAUCACGUUUGCCUAGACGCACUGAACCAUUUAUACGUUACACCGAAGAUGAGGAAACAUCUUCGCAGCAACAGCAACAACAACAACAGCAGCAACAAACAGAAAAACAACAAACGUCUGAUGGUAAUCGUGCUGUGGCUCGCAAAACAUUUGGCAGACCCGAGUCCAUGAUGAAUUCAGCACAACCCAGCAGCUAUCAACAACAGCAAUUACAACAGCCGACUGUUAAACAUUUAAAUAAUUCUACUAUUUACGUAGAAGAUGAAAACAAACCUAAAGGAAAGGUUGUCUACUACACAGCUAAACGCAACUUACCACCACGUAAAUUUGUACCCCAUCAAUGUUCACCUUCAUGUCUAUUUGAAAUCACUCACAAUUUAAGUGCUUAUAGUCCUUUAUCGAAACCCUUACUAUCUGGAUGGGAACGUUUUAUAAUACGCCAAAAAAUUAAACGUGUAGUUACCUAUCGUGCUCCUUGUGGUAAAAUUCUACGCAAUAUGAAAGAAUUACAUCAUUAUUUACGUGCCACAAAUAAUGUCCUUAAUGUGGACAAUUUUGAUUUUAGCCACGAAAUUAGUUGCUUAGCUGAGUAUGUCAUUGAAAGUGCUAUUGUACAGAAACGUGAUAUAUCUGGAGGUCAAGAAAAAAUGGCCAUACCAUUGGUUAAUUAUUAUGAUAAUACUCUGCCGCCGGAGUGUAAAUAUUCUGCUAAGGUUAUACCCACAGAAGGAGUACAUAUUAAUACAGAUCCAGCAUUUUUGGUGGGAUGUGAUUGUGAGGAUGAUUGUAUAGAUAAAACAAAAUGUGCUUGUUGGCAAUUGACAUUGGCCGGUGCUAAAUAUGGUAAUCCAAAUGCUGCUCCCGAAGAGGUGGGCUAUCAAUAUAGACGUCUACAUGAUCAUGUACCCACUGGUAUUUAUGAGUGUAAUGCUAAUUGCAAGUGUAAGAGUAGCUGUUUGAAUCGUGUCGUACAGAAUUCAUUGACCAUGAAAUUGCAAGUAUUCAAGACUUCAAAUCGUGGCUGGGGUCUACGCUGUAUUAAUGAUAUACCACGCGGUAGCUUUGUAUGUGUCUAUGCUGGUCAUUUAUUAACCGAAGCUAAAGCUAAUGAGGGUGGACAAGAUGCUGGCGAUGAGUAUUUUGCCGAAUUGGAUUAUAUAGAAGUUGCCGAACAAAUUAAAGAAGGUUACGAAUCAGAAGUUGAACUACCCGAACCGGAGGAAGAAGAUGUCUACAAUCCUGAGUUAGAUGAUGAUGAUUUCACACCCAGCAAAUCAUUUUUGACAAGAGCUAAACAAAAACAAAAUGCCGCCAGGUCAACACGGCCAGGUGGUAAUCAAGAUGAUGAAUCGCAAGAGAGACAAGUGAUCAAUUUUAAUCCAAAUGCUGAUAUGAAUGAAGACUCAGUUAGGGAAAAUUCUAUACGCAAACUCUAUGGAAAAGAUGAAGCCUGUUAUGUAAUGGAUGCUAAAAUUUCUGGUAAUUUGGGACGUUAUUUCAAUCAUUCAUGUGCUCCUAAUAUGUUUGUGCAAAAUGUAUUUGUUGACACACAUGAUUUACGUUUCCCUAAUGUGGCAUUCUUUUCCUCGUGUAAUAUACGUGCUGGCACUGAGCUAACUUGGAAUUAUAACUAUGAAGUGGGUGUUGUACCAGGCAAAGUUUUGUAUUGUCAAUGUGGUGCUGCAAAUUGUCGUCUACGCUUGCUUUAAGUUUUUGCGGUCAUUUUUUUCCGGCAUUGUGUUUUUUACAAAAACUUUAUAAGAAUUAGUUUUUAUUCAUCUUAUUUUUAAUUAGCAUUAGAUUUUUUUUCAUUUUGUCAGUAUGUUCGUUGUAAUCAGUCAACUAGAGUUAAUAUUAAAAUUAAUUUUAAUAAAAUACAUGAAUUCUUA